CCACUUUGAUUCGAGCUCUCUGAAUCGUUAACACCCCAAAAGUUAAUUUUGUAGUUGUGUACUCUACACAAUUAGGCUCAAGUCUUAAUGAACAAAAUCAUAAAUGCAUAUCCAGCUCAGUAGCUUUCUUCUUUCUGUUGCUCUAUGAGUCUAUGCACUUCUCAGUUGUCAGAACCUUUUUGGCAAUGGGAUUGAAUAGAUAGGAGUCGAUUGUUCUGGGAAUCCCAUUUGAAGAGCAUAUGGAGAAACCAAUCACCGGAAAAUGCUCUCAUCAACUCUGUUGUCAAGUCGUUAUCAGCAAUAUUUAAGUUUCUCAACAACUAUUGAAGGACGGUGGAUGCAUGGUAACUGCAAGCAGCUGGACAACUGGAAAACAUCUUGCAGACUGCCGGCUUCCUUUUGCUUUUACACCAAAUUAAAACUGAGUCACAAGAGCCUCCUUUUUCAGUCAAGUCAACCUCAAUUACCUCCGUAUCCAUGGCUGCUCAAACCCAGCUUCUAUCACCUUUCGAACCUCGUUGGAAUCACGAUGUCUUCUUGAGUUUCAGAGGUGAAGACACCCGCAAAACCUUCACCGAUCACCUCUACACUGCCUUGGUGCAUGCCGGAAUUCACACAUUCCGAGAUGACGACGAGCUUCCUAGAGGGAACCACAUCUCUAACGAACUGCUCAAAGCUAUUCAAGGUUCAAGGGUUUCUAUUGUGGUUUUCUCUAAAGGCUAUGCUUCUUCCAGUUGGUGCCUUGAUGAGCUUGUGGAGAUCUUGCACUGUAAGAAUACCAUAAGCCAAACUUUUCUUCCCAUAUUUUAUGACGUGAACCCCUCGGACGUGCGAAGACAGACCGGAUCUUUUGCCGAAGCAUUUUCUAAGCACGAAGAGCGGUUUCAAGCGGAGAUGGAGAGGGUGCAGAAAUGGAAAGCAACUCUUACUGAAGCUGCAAACUAUUCCGGUUGGGAUAUCCAAAACAUUGCAAACGGGUACGAAUCAAGGUUCAUCGAGAAAAUUGUUGAAGAAGUUUUGCGUAAAGUGAACAAUGCUUGCUUGGAUAUUGCCAAAUAUCCAAUAAGUAUAGAUUAUCGUGCUGAAAAGAUUAAAGCUUUAUUAAAUCUUGGAACAAGUGAUGUUCGCAUUGUAGGCAUCUAUGGCAUGGGUGGAAUCGGUAAAACAACCUUAGCCAAAGCUGUUUAUAACCAAAUAUAUAAUGGGUUUGAAGGAAGUAGUUGUCUUUUAAAUAUUAAAGAAAUUUCCGAACAACUCAAUGGUUUAGUUCUUUUGCAAGAACAACUUCUUUCUGAUGUCUUAAAAACCAAGAACUUGAAGAUUGCCAAUGUUGAUAGAGGAAUCAAUUUGAUUAGGGAAAGAUUUUGUUGUAAAAGAGUUCUUGUUAUCCUUGAUGAUGUGGAUCACUUGAAACAACUCAAUUCAUUAGCUGGAAGCUCUGAAUGGUUUGGUCCAAGAAGUAGAAUCAUUUUAACAACUCGAGAUGAACAUUUGCUAACCGAACUUGAAGUGCAUGAAAAAUAUAAGGUUGAGGAAUUGAAUCAUGAGGAAUCUCUUCAACUUUUUAGUUGGCAUGCCUUUAGGAUAGCUCAUCCAAUAGAAGAUUACCGAGAGCUUUCAAUUAGUAUAGUUAAUUAUGUGGGAGGGCUUCCAUUAGCUCUUGAAAUUUUGGGUUCCUCUCUAUCAGGAAGAAGCACUAUUGAGUGGAAAACUACAUUGGAAAAAUUACAAAAACAUCCUCACCAUGAGAUUCAGAAAAUACUUAGAAUGAGCUUUGAUUCACUAGAUGAUGAUACUGUGAAGGACACAUUCCUUGAUAUUGCGUGUUUCUUUGUUGGCAUGGACAAAGAUUAUGCCAUCAAAAUAUUUGACGGUUGUGGUUUCUUUCCGGAUAUUGGUAUUAAUAUUCUCAUUGAGAGGUCUCUCGUGACAAUCAAUGACAAAAAUGAGUUGAGGAUGCAUGAUUUGAUUCGCGAUAUGGGAAGGGAGGUUGUUCGAGAAAUGUCACCCAAGAAUCCUGGAAAACGCAGUAGAUUGUGGUUUCGUGAGAAUGUCUUAGAUGUGCUUAACAAACAUCUGGGAUCAAAAGCAAUAGAGGGUCUUAACCUAAGUCUACCUGCACUUGAAGUUGAAGAUGUACAAUUGAAAACUGAAGCAUUUGCAAAGAUGAAAAAUUUAAGAUUGCUCCAAAUCGAUGGUGCAUAUCUCAUAGGAUGCUAUGAACAUCUUUCCAAAGAGUUAAGAUGGCUUCACUGGCAUAAGUGCCCUCUGAAAUUUCUACCACCAAAUUUCCACCUAGAGAACCUUGUUAUUCUCGACAUGCAGCAUAGUAAUGUCAAACAAGUUUGGAAAGAGAACAAGGUACUCAACAAGUUAAAAGUUCUUAAUCUCAAAGGUUCUAAAUGUCUCACCCAAUCGCCAAACUUCUUACUAGUCCCACAUUUGGAGGUGCUGAUACUUGAAGGUUGCACGAGUUUGGUUGAGGUACAUGAAUCCAUUGGACAUUUGGAAAAACUUGUUUUAUUAAAUUUACAAGGAUGUGAGAACUUGAAGAAUCUUCCAGAAAGCAUUUCUAACUUAGAAUCUUUAGAGACUCUUAACUUGCCUGAUUGCAUAAAAAUUGUCAAGUUACCAAAACAAUUGGGGAAUAUGGUUGCUUUAACAAAGCUGAAUUUACAAGGAUGCAAAAACUUGAAAAAUCUUCCGGAAAGCAUUUCUAGCUUAGAAUCUUUAGAGACUCUUAACUUGUCAUUCUGCAUAAAAAUUGACAAGUUACCAAAACAAUUGGGGAAUAUGGUUGGUUUAACAACGUUGAGACUUAAAGGUUGCACGAGUUUGGUUGAGGUACAUGAGUCCAUUGGACAUUUGGAAAAACUUCUUGUAUUAGAUUUACAAGGAUGCGAGAACUUGAAGAAUCUUCCGGAAAGUAUUUCAAACUUGUAUUCUUUAAUGAUUCUUGACUUGUCUGGCUGCAAAAAAAUUGACAAGUUACCAAAACAAUUGGAGAAUAUGGUUGCUUUAAUAUAUCUGGUUGCUGAUGGGACGCAAUUGAACAACUGCUAUUGAGAAACUCGAAAAUGUAUCAUUAUCUUGAUGUAAAGGGCAAUCCUCAGAAUCUUGGAUGUCACAUUUUUUGUUAGGGUUAUCACGAAAAUG